CUUGGAGGGAGAUGCAUAUAAGCCAGGAUCCCGGGGAUGAUGGUAUCAGUAAAAAGACUCUCUCUCUCCGUACGAUAUUCGAGGUUCUCGCGUCGAGCACCAUGCUGAAGGUCAUAAGUUUUCUUUGGGUCGUCGCUGCGACAUGCGAGGCGGUUUUAAUCAGCGGAUAUGACGGAGGACAUCCCGGUUCUUAUUCCCCGGAAUAUUCGGGCCACGAAGGGUACGUGAACCCUUAUUCAUCACACCAGGUUCUUCCCACCGUUGGCGUGCCAAUCCACUCCGUUUCGGCCGCACCUCCUCUACAUUCUGCGGUUCACGCUACCGGCCACGGAUACGAUUACGAAGACGAACGCGAUUAUUACGCGCACCCGAAGUACACCUUCAACUACGGUGUUCACGAUCCUCACACAGGUGACGUUAAAACUCAGCAUGAGAUACGCGACGGCGACGUCGUCCACGGAUCUUACAGCGUCAACGAGCCCGACGGCAGCGUUCGCAUCGUCGAAUAUACAGCCGACGAUCACAACGGUUUUAACGCGGUUGUAAAGAAGGUCGGACCUGGUCAUCAUCCGGCACAAGCCCCAGUAACGGUUCCGAAAUACGUUACGAGCUACGAUCAUGAUCAGUUCAAUCGUUACGCGUACGAAAAGCACUAUUGA